AUUAUCUCUUGAUAAGAAGAUAGAGAAAGAUAAAAGCCACAUGGGGAUGUUGUACAGAAAGCCACAAAUGCUCCUUAAGAAAACCUUUCAAAAGACCAAGAACCUCUUCUUCAAAACACUACAUAAUCUCAAUUCAUUACUCUUUAAAAGUCACCACAAGUUACCUAAAGUUUGUCACUUCAAUCCCUUCUUCUCUCGUAGCAACCGAAUUCCUAACAGCAUUAUUCAGGAAUUGGAUGAUUUCUACAGAGACUUUCCUCAACAAUGGGAAUGUAGUAACCAAAACGAAGUUCCACAGAGAAAGAGCAUUCGCGAAGAAUCAGUAAACAACACAAUGAAAGAACAGAGAGAAAAAAUGGAAGAUGCAUUCCUUCGAAACACAAGUAAAGGUGAGGUAUUAGUACAGAAGAUGAAGGAACUAGAGAUGAUGGAUGAGGAAGAUUUGGAUCAAAUGAUGGACAUAAAAGAAGUUCUCUACUAUUACUCUUACCUAAAAUGUCCAGUUUACCUUGACAUUGUUGACAGGUAUUUCAUGGACAUGUAUAAUGAGUUAUCACUUCCACAGACAUUCAUCAAUGUCAACAGUUAAAUGUGACGUCUUGGUCCUAUUAAGCUCUAGAAACUACAGAGAAAAUGUCUUUGCUUACUAAUGAAAGUUUUCGAGCUUAGCUAACUUCUUUAUGUCUGUUAAUUGCCAUGCCAUGGACUUCUAUAUUGAAAAUUUUCAGAAAACCUUAUUAGAUCUGAGUUAAUCAUGCAACUAGUAGUUAUUAUCUCAGAAAAUUGGAAUCAAGAAGAAAAGUGACUUUCUGAGUUGGCAACUAUUAAUUGAAUGACCAUAUGAGGAAUCAA